AUGGGCCUCCUCAACGGCCUGCGCCUCGGCGCAAGGCGCCUCCUCCGCUCCCGCGGCCUGCGCAACCUCGUCCUUGUCUUCGCCGUCUACACCUUCCUCGAAGCCCUGCGCGUGCAGCGCCUGGUGACGGGCGCCCCGCGGCACGACCCGAAGCGCCCGCGGCGCGUCGAGCGGGUGUACAUCGCCGGCAUGCACUACAACGAUGCGGCGCUGAUCCGAGACCACUGGGCGGGCGCGGUGCUGGCCCUCGUCGAGGCUCUGGGCCGCGACAACGUCUUCGUGAGCGUGUACGAGAGCGGGAGCUGGGACGACAGCAAGGCCGCGCUGCUGGCGCUGGACGAGGAGCUGGGCCGCAGGGGAGUCCGCCGCAACGUCGUGCUGGACGACAGGACGCACCAGGAGGAGGUCGAGGCCGUCCCUGCGCAAGGCGAGGCCAGGGAGGGGUGGAUCACGACGCCGAGAGGAAAGAGAGAGAUGAGGCGGAUCCCCUUCCUGGCGAGACUGAGGAACCUGACGCUCAAGGACCUGUGGAAGCUGGGGGGUGAAGGAGAGGUCUUUGACAAGGUGCUUUUCUUGAACGAUGUGGUGUUCACGACGGACGACGUCCUCGCCCUGCUCGACACCAACAACGGCCUCUACGGCGCGGCGUGCUCGCUCGACUUCUCCCAGCCGCCGUACUACUACGACACGUUCGCCCUGCGGGACUCGGCCGGGCAAGGCCACCUGAUGCAGACGUGGCCGUACUUCCGGUCACAGGUGAGUCGGGAGGCGAUGGAGACCUACGCGGACGCCGUGCCCGUGCGGAGCUGCUGGAACGGCAUCGUGGCGAUGCCCGCCGCGCCGUUCCUGGUGUCCCGCGCGUCGGGCCGUCGGCGGCUCGAGUUCCGCGCCGUGCCGGACUCGCUGGCUGAGGAGAAGCACCUCGAGGCGAGCGAGUGCUGCCUGAUCCACGCCGACAACCCGCUGUCCGAGAGCCUGGGCGUAUUCCUGAACCCGCGCGUGCGGGUCGGGUACUCGACUGGCGCGUACGAGUGGGCGCACCCCCGCGACGCCGGCGACAGCUGGCUCUCGCUCUGGAGGAUCGUGGUCGGCACCUGGGAGGCCAGGGUCCGGCGGCUGCUCACGAGCGACCGCGUCAAGGAGUGGGUCGUGAGAAAGAGGCUCGCCGAGUGGGAGGCCGAGGGGGACGGGAGGGAGGAGAAGGGCGUCCAUUGCCUGAUCAACGAGGGACAGGUGCUCGUAUACAACGGCUGGGCGCAUGUGUAA